AUGUAUAAAACAGACUGGCAGAUGCCACCACCAGUAAAGAAAGGUACAUUACAAAUGUACCAGCAGGAUCAUGCUGGUCACAACGGUCUCAGCAGUGAGCAUGCGAUAUCUAGCAUCACCCGUGCAAGAACAUUGGUAGAGGCCCGCAUAUCGGUCCCGCGCCAACACUCCAACACUCCAACAUCAGUCCUUGAUCAGCUACAAGCCGGGCAUCAACCCAGGAAGAGGAAGACGGCCAUGGCUAGUGAAACACUGGAAGGUUUCGUCAAGAAGUUGCGGACAAUGUCCGGCAUCGGCCUGGUCGGUCUCUCCCGGUCUGGUGUGAGGUUCGUGUCACAAUUAGCAGCAGCCUGGUGCAUAUCGAGACCACCAACUUCCGACCUUCAGUCAAUGAGGGUAACAUCGAGUGUAAAAGGUUCAGCUUCGAGACCAUUCGGGAUACGGUACAUGGCGCACUACAGCUCGGGAUGCGAGAAAGCGAAAUGCAGCGUGACAGCUUUUAAUAACCUCUGGUUAAAUUCGUUCACUAUUCUUCCUGUCCUUGGUCAGGAGGCGGUACGGUACCACGCUGACAACAUGACCUUGCAAUCGGAAACUGGUGAUUAUCUUCAAGUCACUGAUACCAAAUCAACCAGAUAA